AAAAAAAAAAAACCCCUUAUUUAGUCCUUUCCUUGUCUUCAUUUCGAACUUCUCCAAAAACCUUUAGAAAGCAGGCGGCUUUCUCCUGCUCUCGCCUCUCGCCGGUUUUCUUGAUUGACUAGGGAAAGGAUAUAGCUUUGUAGUUUAGCUGUUUAUAGGAAGAGGAGGAGAAAAGAAAAAGGCUUACAAUGAGCAUUUAUAUGAGCAGAAUGUUUCCAAGAUCUAAUUCGAGCUUUUUGUUAUCUGGCGGGAAUGCAUUGCAAUCUCAAGUUUCACGCUUGAGGGAAGAGACAUUCUUGGUGGAUGCUGGACCUGGGACCCCAAGAAUUUGUAUGGAAGAUGAGCUCACAAGAGUGCCAACCAACAAGUCCAUCACCAGGUUCGAGAAUAAGGUGGGAUACCUGGAUAAAAGGGCCGGUGAAUCGUCAUCCAUCAAAAACCGGGUUCUCGAGAGAUUCUUCAUGGAUAUUGUGGCCGGUGAUCCAGUCACCAAACAGCGAGCGGCUGCCAAGUUUAAUGAUUUGGUGGGAGCCGAAGAUGCAGCGCCCGGUGAACCCACUCUUCUUCUUCCACGAAGAUUUAGGCAAACCCAAGCUUGGAUUGAGCUCAACAAGAUUUGGCGAACCAAUAGAAAGGUCAAAGGCUUUGUUGUUGAGAAACUAAGAGGAGGUUAUUCAGUAGCCAUCGGUGGUUACAUUGCUUUUCUUCCAAUUCGUCUGCUCUUAAGCAAGAGGAUAUGGAAUGAUCGCUUCACCAUCGAAAGCAUUAACCCCAAGGACAAGAGUAUUGUUGUGGUCUAAGAGUGGCGGAUCAACCAAGAGCUUGUGGGAAAGUUUGGUAUAGCCAAAAUUUAUACUAUCUUAAAAAAAUAAUCUCCUAGAAGCAUUUUCUUGUUUGGGACUUUUGCUAUAGGUAAGGAAAACUAAGUAGACUAGUCUCAGAAAGUUUUUCUUCUUUUAAUCUUGUUUCCUUUCGUUGAGAAAUCUUAAACUUUUAACGUUUUGGAUCAUUUUAUGAUAUUUCGGAUUAAGAUAAUUAUAAUCUUUCGUUUCUUUGAACAAUUA